AUGAAUAAACAUGGCUUAGGUCGUCACACCGACACUCUCGAGAAGUCAGAUCACCAAGAGUACCUGAAGUUGACCUUCAUACAAGCUCUUGUCUCCAGUAUUGGUGGUAUGGCCUUCCUCAAGCUGUCCGUCGGGUUCUCACUCCUUCGCUUGGGUGUUCCAACGUUAUACAACAGGAUACUCUGGUCGCUUAUCGCAUUCGUCUGUCUCUACACACUCGUAUCUUGGAGUGAAUGGGCUGCCGUGUGCAAACCUAUCGCCGGCUUCUGGAAUAAGGACCUCAAGCCAACUUGCGUGCCUGUGAAAAUUCACAAGGGCUUCGCGCUGAUGAACACGAGCUGCAACAUGUUUACGGAUAUCUGCUUUGCAACCAUCCCUAUCCCCAUCAUUAUGGGGUUGCAGAUGAAGCAGAAAACUCGCAUGUACCUCAUCUUUGUUCUGAGCUUGGGCUACACAGCGGUGGCCAUGGGCAUCGUCAAGGCCGUUGUCCAGAACACAAAGAGAGGCGACCCCGACCAGUCAUUCACAAACGACAUCCAAUUCUGGGGCUUCCUCCAAGUGAACGUCGGAAUCAUAGCCGCAUGUGCGCCAUCGCUCAAGCCCCUCGUCGGUGGCAUUCUUCGCCUCCCCUCGACGCAGUAUUCCAACAGCCGAAGUAACUUCGCCUCGGGAUCGAACGGUCAGUCCAACAAAAGUAGAAUGCAAAGCAGGAUACGCGUUAGCACUCGGAUUGAGAGCAAAGGGUGGAUAAGGACAGACAGCGAUAUCGAGCUGGAUGAACGGGAGUCCUUUGGCAGCCAGGCGCAAAUAACGAGCAAUUAG